AUGGAUAAGCAAAUGAUUUUCAGUUUUCAAACUUAAAAACCUAAAAUUAGAGAGUAGGUUAAGAGACUUGAAUAUUUUCAAUAAGAAUUGUCACAAAUCUAAGAUCUCUCAAGAUAAAAUAGAUCAAAAAGUUCAACAGAUAUGCAUAGUAUUACUACAGCAGAUAGUAGAUAAUAUUAAGGAUAUUAUGAAGAAGUAUCUGCCUUUGCAUUACCAAAAAAAGAUAUUUUUAGCUAAUCUUUGAAUAAAAUACAAAUAAAUUAACAAAACAAAGAAAUUUAAACUGAAAUUCUACCCAAACCAAAAUUAGAAAUUCUAUAAGAAAAUGUAAUGCAAUUACAAUUACAAAAAGAAGAGAUAUUCAAUUAGAUUAAGAAUAUAAAAAAAGAGAAUGGAAUAUUAAUAUCUUAAAAUAAAUCAUAUGAAAUAGAAAUAAAUGCAUAAAAGAAUAAAAUAAAUGAGUUAAUUAAUGAGUAAAAUGAAAAAGAAUAAUUUUAUUAAUAAACUAUGUAAUAGUAGAAUUGGUAAAUCAAGUAAUUAACAAAUGAAUUAUAAUAAUUAUACAAUAAGUAAUAGCAACUUAAUAACUAUGAAAAUAACAAUCCAAUUUAAUUGUUGUUUGCUUAAUUUUCAUAAGUUGAAUAAGAAAAUAUUGUUUAAGUUUUAAAAGAAACUACAAAAAUUAAUAAGAAUGAGAGACUUUAAGUAAUUUAAGAUUGGAUACAUAUUUAAGAUAUAAAGGAAGAAAUCAUAUAAUUAAAGAAACAUCACAAUAUUAAAUUAAAAGAAGUAAUCAUUUAAUUAAAUGUAAUUAGCUAAUGGAGUAAAUAAAAAUACUUUAAAAUGAUUAAAUAAUUGAACCUGAAUUGUUAUCAACUUAAGAUUCAUUAUAAUUAGUAUCAAAUAUAUUGUAUAGAGCUAUAAAAAGUAAUGAGAUGAUGAAAUUAAUUAAAUAAAAUACAAGAAUGUAUAAUUUAAUUGAAGAUUUGUGGAAUAAAUUGAAAUUUCGAUUAGAACAUUCAAAUUUUUCAUAAUAGCAUAUAAGAACAUCUUCUUUAAAUAAAGUUGAUUUAAAUUCAACAAAUAAAAAGUUUUCAUGUAGAAAACUGUGA